GUAGAUUUGCUUAUUUUAGGAACGCGCACACGUUAAAUAAAUAGGUCGUUGUUGUGUGUUUUAUCUUUGAUCCAGUGGUUAAAAUCGGGGCCUCGGCCCCCCAAGCUAAAGAAAUCUCAAAGGAGAGCCUCCUCCUCUUCCUCCUAGCUAUAUGGAACAAGGGACCAGGGCUGGGUUGCACCAGCUGUGCGAGGACAGGGCGGUGGGGCUGCCCUUGACUACUUCAUCAAUAAAGGACACAUUCCAGACAGAGAUGGGGGUCAGGUGACCUGGUACCAUGCAGCUAACAGCAAGGCCAGCACAGCGGAAGCUUUAAAAAGUGCAGCUCACAUGAUUGAAGCAGAUGUUCUACUCCGGGGGCGGGAGCCGAGAGAACCAAUCAUGGCGCACCCUCCCCAGAGUGACAGUGACAUCACGCUAGAGGACUGGCUGAACGAGGUGCUGCUGUCUGAUAAAGGAAUCAAGCUGGAUUUCAAAAGUCUGGAAGCUGUGCAGUCCUCCGUUAGGCUCCUGGAGUCAGUGAAGAGUCGGCAAAGUAGCCCGCUGUGGAUAAACGCUGAUAUUCUCCCAGGACCCAACGGGAGCCCUGGGCAAGCAGUGGAAGCCAAGGGAUUCCUGGACUCUGUGUGCCCUGUCUCCCCACAUGCAGUGCUGUCUCUGGGGUGGACCACAGGCUGGAGCCCUCAAACAGAGAACCACGGUUACAGCUGGGAGAUGGUGAAAGAGAUGGAACAGAUCUGUGGAGCCCUACAGCAGCCGGUCACGUUUCCAGUCAGGGCAGCUCUGCUGAGACAGUCCUUCAAUCAGCUUCACUGGCUGCUGCAGCAGUCUGACAGGUACAGUCUAAGCGUCUGGUCAGGAAAGGAUGAUGUGUAUCCUGUGGAGGACUUGCUGUACUUCAGGAAAAACUUCGACAAGUCCAGGAUCUUCUAUGACAUCACUGAGGCUCAGGACGCAGCUUUCAAGAAGGCUAUAGGUUAUUCUUCAAUAGUAAAGUAACCGAUGGACUCAGGCAUUGGAGGAAUUGCAUUGGAAACCAACAUUAUUACCACAGAUAUGGUUUGAUACGGGUAGGGGUGAAAUUCUGCCGGGACUCACCGGUACUCUGUACCGGGACUUAUAUUGAGGCCGGCACUGAGUACCAGGACUUAUUUAAUCUGCUUUUCAUCCAGUGCAAAUGCAUUCCAUCCACUCACAGUCCAUUAGCACAAUGUUUCUCAAAUGCACUUUCAUUCAGCACAGUUCAUGCUGCUUGCUUUCUGUUUCCUCACACUGCUUCUGUUUCUGUUAGGUGCU